UGCACUCACAUCCGGGGCUGGGUUUGCUGCUAACGCGAAACGUAAAUUAACCCGGAAAAAACGAGGAGCUGGAGCCACACGCCGCCACCUCUCGAUGUGAUCGAGGCGCCGGAGCAGCGCCCGGCUGGCCAUGCCCCGGGGCCGCCCGCAAACGCCGCUGGGGUGAUGCUUCAAGAGGCCCGGAAUGCCUUAUGUGGAUCGACAGAAUCGUAUCUGUGGGUUUCUAGACAUUGAAGAAAAUGAGAUCUGUGGCAAGUUUCUGCGAAGAUAUUUCAUCCUGGACACUCAGGCCAAUUGUCUUCUGUGGUAUAUGGACAACCCCCAGAAUCUGGCUCUCGGGUCAGGAGCUGUUGGAUCUUUGCCACUGACCUAUAUAUCCAAGGUCAGCGUCGCCACCCCGAAACAAAAACCGAAAGUCCCGUUCUGCUUUGUUAUCAAUGCUUUAUCUCAGCGCUAUUUCUUACAAGCCAGCGAUCAAAAGGACCUACUGGACUGGGUGGAGGCUCUGAACCGUGCCAGCAAGAUUACGGUGCCAAAGAGUGGUAGUUUGCCCCCAGCCACAGAGAUUACAAAGCCCCCCAUUGCACCCCAGACCCAGGAGAAGAAACCACAGGUGGCCUACAAAACUGAGAUCAUUGGAGGGGUGGUUGUGCAUACACCUAUCUCUGUCAAUCAGAAUGGAGGGGAAGGCACAGAUGGAGGUGACGUGGCCACUCACCCUCUUCUGAGACGCUCCCAGAGCUACAUACCCACCUCUGCCUCCAAGCCAUCCACAGGGCCACCCAUCCUCAAGAGCGGCUACUGCGUGAAGCAGGGGAAUGUGAGGAAAAGCUGGAAACGCCGGUACUUUGCUCUUGACGACUUUACCAUCAGUUAUUUCAAGUGCGAGCAGGACAAGGAGCCCUUGCGUUCGAUCCUCCUUAAGGAUGUCCUCAAAACCCAUGAAUGUUUAGUCAAAUCUGGUGACCUUCUCAUGCGGGACAAUCUGUUUGAAAUCACAACAAGCUCUAGGACAUUCUACAUACAGGCAGACAGCCCUGAGGAUAUGCACAGCUGGAUCAAAGCAAUCACAGAGGCGAUGCAGGCCCUGAAAAGCCGCCCAAGGGAAAUGUCCUUCGCAAGACCCAUUUCUUCUAUGAGCAGGCCUGGGUGCUCCAAUCUUUCAAGCUCCUUGAUCCCCUCCUUGCCCCGAAUGAGACAGCCCGGGGAUGAGAGGAAAGCGCUCUGCAAAACCCCUUCCACCCCAUCCUGGCAGCCUUGGACACCAGUGCCGCAGCCAGGAGGGAAGCAGCCCAUGAGAGAGGAGAUGAUGAGGCAUAUGAGAGACUCAGUGUUUGUGCCCUCAUUCACAGAGUGUGAUGCUGGAGCCAUGCAGCAGAGGCGUGUACGGCACAGAUCUGAACCCCAGCACAUUAAAGAGAAGCCAUUUGUGUUUAACCUGGAUGAUGAGAGCAUCCGGACCUCUGAUGUGUAACCAAACCCAGGCUCUUUUUGUCUUCAGUUUUUUUUUUAUUUGUUUGUUUGUUUUUAAAUGAUGAACUCUGUUGAUAGCAGUUUAAUGCAAAGGUACCUUGACUCUACCCCAGACACAGGUAGUGGUAUCAGCUAGCCCGAGCCAGCAUAGUGCGCCACUUGUGUAAUAACCAUUGCAAUGUGAUGUACUCCGUCUGCUGAAACAGAGCAGAGUUUGGACUGGAAGAGCUGGUCUCCUGAGUACAAGUGUGGAUACGUGUGCUAAGUGCAUUGGGCCAGAUUAAUCUCUGGUGAAACUCCAUUUAAUUAUCUGGGAUGAAUUUGUCCUGUUUUUGCCAACUCCCUCCGGUGAUAUGAGCUUUAGGUAGAACCACUUCCCUUGAUAAUGUUGCUUUCCCAGAAAAGGAAGUGGAGGUCACAUAUUUCUAACAGUUCCCCUCUUCCACACACACCCCCACCGUAAGCCCACCUUUAACAGCCCAGUUUCUUUCUGUACCACCAGGCUGCCAGUGGUGAGCAUGAGAACUGAAGCAGCUGCUGGAGGAAGGUAAUGAGAACGGUCAGUAGCAAAGGCAGCCCUUUGUUUUAUUAGGAGGACACCACUGUGACGUAGUGAUCUUAAACCCAUUUUGUGUUCACUUUGUGCAGGCAUAAAUGACGACCACACAUGGUGUAAAUUCGGAAGCGUCAGCCCCCAGUGCCUAAGCUGACAAAACAGCACUACCUUUAGCAAAUACCGUGGUUCUGAAUUCUUGGGAAUCAUGCAGGAAAUAUAGGACAGGAUAUUGUUAAAGACACAGAGGGCAGUUAGGUGCCCAUUUCUCAUUGACUUUCAGUAGGAGAUGGAUGCUUAACUCUCCCAUACAGGCCAAAAAGGAAUGAGUGAGUCACACUAGGAAAUCUGCUGUGUUUGUAAAAAGAAAGAACAACUUUAA